UGGUUAGUAUCGAUAGGUAUACCAGACAGAUACGACGUAUCUUUUAUCGUCGCAUUACCAAGCGGCAAUGUAGAAUUCUCGUGGAGAAAAUUCACGGAAGCCCGAGACGUUGACAGAACGUCCGAGGUAAGUGGCCGAUCACGAGAUAAAUUCUGCAAAUGAAUUCGUGACAUGAUUCACAUCUUGUGUUAUUUAAUAGUGUGGUAAAACAUCUUGAUCACAACGAAUGCCGUUUGAUCCCAUUCAACGAAUUCAGUAUUCAAUAUUCCAAUAGUCAACCGUAUGGCACAUUAUACUUGUUCGCAAAAAAAAACCAAAACAGAUUGAAUGAUCGCGUACAUUUAUCAGGAUAUAGGUUAAACACAGUUCCACUUGAGCUCAAGUAAGUUUGCUGUAAAAUCACACGACCACAUUACAGUCUUCGUUAUCACCAAUGAAUCAUUUGGUUGUCUCCUGAAGAUGUCUAAGAAUAUUCGCAAUGAAAAUAAAAUUGCUUUAAGCUAUCACGAUAGCCUUCUCAGAGAAUCUGAUGUGCAACUUUUGAGAGGGCCACAUUGGAUCAAUGACAACAUCAUUGGAUUUUAUUUCGAGUACCUGGAUAAGAAAACUAAGGAUUCUAAACACUCGAAGAAUUUAUUAUUCGCUAGUCCUGAAUUAACACAGUUGCUCAAACUAACACAAUCUUCAGACUGGGAGGCUCUGUUAGAUCCUAUAAAUGCCAAGUCAAGCUCUUUCAUAUUUUUCCCACUAAAUAAUUGUGAUAGUAGGGAAAGUGGGGGUGGUACUCACUGGAGUUUGCUCGUGUAUUCGCAGGUAGAAAACAAGUGCUUCCAUUUUGACUCAUGCCAGGGUUUAAAUGCUGCUGCAGCCAAAAAUUUUACACAAAAGACAUUAGAUUAUUUUUGCACUAAAGGGUCAGACAGCUAUCACGAAAUAAAUUGUCCACAGCAAGAUAACGGGUAUGAUUGUGGUUUGUAUGUUCUUUGUUUCACAGACUCAAUUGUUGAACAUACCAUGCAACAAUCGAAAAUGAAUAAUUGCCAAUUCCGAAAUGUUGGAGUUUUGGUCAAUGAUAAACGAAAAAACUUACUGGAAAUGAUCAGUUAUUUAAAAAAACAUACUUCGGAUUCUGAUCAAUAAUUUUUGAUUAUAUGUAUUAUCUUAUUCAUUGUAGUUGUAUGUAAAAAACUUGAUAAAAGAGCUGGCUAUGUGAUAUUCUCACCAAUAAAAAUUGAUUUAUUUGGUACAUAAA